AUGUCAACCAUGCGCCUGCGCAAAGCAGCGCGGAUCAUCCUGGUCGGCGCACCGGGGGUAGGCAAGGGCACGCAGACCGAGCGCAUGCUCAAGCGAUUUCCACAGCUUGACAGCAUAUCGUCCGGAGACCUCCUACGGGACAAUGUGCGACAGAAGACUCCGCUUGGCAUGCAAGCCGACUCCAUCAUGAAAACCGGCGGUCUAGUCCCAGAUAGCAUGAUCCUUCGCCUCAUCCGGAACGCCCUGACUACCCGCGGCUGGCUCAUACCAAAAGAAGGCGUCCAACCCUUCACCGUCAACACCCUCUCCACCUCCUUCACCCCACCCACCAGCCCGGACGAAUUCCUCACCGUCCCACCCCUUCACGCCCAAGCGACCUCAGACCUAGAGUUCGACUUCAGUGACGCCCCAGAAGCUAGCUUCAUCUUGGACGGAUUCCCCCGCACCACCUCGCAAGCCUUACAGCUUGCCUCAUUGAUCCCGAUCAACAUGGUCAUCCACAUCCACACUCCCACCUCCAUCAUCCUCGAUCGGAUAUGCAAUCGCUGGAUCCAUCCCAAGAGCGGACGAGUCUACAACACGACCUUCAACGCUCCCAAGGUAGAGGGCAAGGACGACAUGACAGGCGAAGAGUUGAUCCAGCGCGACGAUGAUAAGCCCGAAGUGUGGCAGGCGAGGUUGAAGAGUUUUGAGGAGAACAGUGCGCCGUUGUUGAACCACUACGAGGAGAGGGGUGUGCUGUGGAGGGUGGAAGGGAACAGCAGUGAUGAGAUCACGCCGAAGAUAUUUGAGGAGUUUGGGAAGCGGUUUGGCGCGUGA